AAUCAUUUUUCAAUCAUUCAUUCAAAGAAAACACGUGCCGGAACAUAGUUUUAAAAAAUUUAAAUAAAAUUAUUAAAAUAAAUUAAACAAAAUGGUACAAAAUAAACAAAAAAGUUCUAAAAUAAAACCACCCAGUGUUAAAGUUAAAAAGGAGGCAGCAAAAGCUGCAGAAAAGAAAUGGGAAAAGGUAAAAAUCAAAGGCAGUGUUAUAACUGAAGACGGUGUGGGUUUGGAGGGUCUUAUAGGUUUGGAAGUUUUAGAGGAUUAUGAUAAUAAUCUAAUAGGAACAGCCAAGCCCAAAUUAUCACGCAAAGAGAAACGUAUGGAACGUAAGAAGGGAUCUAAAAAAGCUAAAAAGGAAGUAGCCUCAGAUGAUGAGGAUAGUGAGGAAGAAAGUUCCGAUGAGAGUGACAAUGAAGAUAAUGAUAAAGCUGCCCGGAAAAAGGCCAAAAAGGAGGAUUAUUUAAGUAAGAAAUUGGAAAAAAGACGAGAAAAAAGAGAGCAACGUAAGCUCAAACGUAAAGAAAAUAAAAAACAACCCAAAAAUAAAGAGGAAAACAAAAAUGUGGAUAAAAAAUCCCAAAAAGCUAAAGAUAAAACUAACAAAAAAGAUAAACAAGCAGAAGACCGUUUCAAGCUGCUAAGACCUCCUCCUGCAGAGGAUGAAGAAGAGGAUUUAAAGCCACAAGAUAGUGAGGAAGAGGAGGAGGAUGCUGCUCCUGAGCUAGUGGAUAGCAAAGCUAUCAGUGUAGAUGAUUUAGAGGGCUGGAAUGGUUUAGGUGUUCCUCAAAAUAUACUGCAGGCCUUAGCCGAAAAGGGUUUUAAGUCCCCCACUGAAAUUCAAUCUCGUACCUUGGCUGCCGCUAUUUUGGGUAAAAAAGAUAUUUUGGGAGCUGCUGAGACGGGUAGUGGUAAAACUUUAGCCUUUGGCAUACCCAUGUUGACGGGUAUCAUGGAAUUGAAAAGAAAAAAUGCCCGAACUGGCAUAAGAAAACCUAUGGGUAAAGCAAAAAAUAAGAAAGCUGCUGCUGCUGCUGCCAAAGAACUUAAUGAAGAAGAAUUGGAAGAAGAGCAAAAUAUGGAGGUAGAAAAUAUGCCUGAAUUUAAUGAUACUGAUGAAGAAGAGACCACUAAAGAAGAAGGUGGAGCUUUAUACGCCUUAGUAUUAACUCCCACUAGAGAAUUGGCCGUACAAGUUAAAGACCAUUUAGUGGCAGCUGCCAAAUAUACAGGCAUUAAAGUGGCAGCCAUAUUUGGAGGUUUAUCCUUGGCUAAACAGGAACGUGUGUUAAACCAACAUCCAGAAAUUGUAGUGGCUACCCCGGGGCGUUUGUGGGAAUUGUAUCAACAGGGUAAUAAACAUUUAAGUAAAAUCGAAGAUAUUAGUUUCUUGGCCAUCGAUGAAACAGAUCGUAUGGUGGAAAAGGGCCAUUUUGAAGAGUUAAGAACUUUGCUGAGAGUCAUUAAUGAAAAUGAGGAAAAGAAACAAUCCAGACAAAACUUUAUCUUUUCGGCUACCUUGACUUUGGUGCACGAUUUACCGGAACAUAUGCAAAGACGCAAUUAUGGCAAAAGACCUAAAUUUGUUAAACAAACCUCAGAAAUGAAGAUACAAAGUUUCAUAGAAGAAUUGGGCAUAUCGCAGCCUAAAAUUGUGGAUAUCACCAGUUCUCAACAAACCGCUCAAACUUUAACGGAAUGUCGUCUUAUAUGUCCCUUGGAACAUAAGGACUAUUAUUUGUAUUAUUUUGUACAACGUCAUCCUGGUAGAACUAUAGUUUUUUGCAAUUCCAUAGACUGUGUUAAAAGAUUGUCUACUUUAUUUGGUUUAUUGCAAUGUAAUCCUCUACCUUUACAUGCCAAUAUGAUACAAAAACAACGUCUUAAGAAUUUAGAAAGAUUUAGAGAUGAUGUUUGUGGUCUGCUAAUAGCCACCGAUGUGGCAGCCAGAGGUUUAGAUAUACCCAAUGUAGAGCAUGUUAUACAUUAUCAGGUACCACGUACUAGUGAAAAUUAUGUCCAUAGAUCGGGACGUACGGCUAGAGCUAAUAAAAAUGGUAUUACCGUAAUGUUUAUGGAACCGGGAGAGGUUAAAAUGUACAUCAAAUUGUAUAAAACUUUAGAGAGAACUGAAGAUUUACCUUUAUUCCCAGUAUCGGAACGUUAUUUAAAUGCUGUAAAGGAACGUGUAAAUUUAGCACGUGAGGUAGAUAAACAAGAAUUAAAACUAAAACGUACCCAAACAGAAUUAGGUUGGAUGAAAAAACAUGCCGAGGAAAUGGAUAUGGUGAUAGAGGGUUUCAAUGAUGAUGAGGGCAGUGAUCAGGAUGAGGAUCCUUUUAUCAUAGAAAAAAGACGUAAUCGCGUACAAUUGGAUGCUGUUAGAGCGGAAUUGAAGUCUUUGCUAUCCAGACCAAUCUUCCCCAGAGGCUUUAGUUUCAAAUACCCCUCUGUUAAUGCCCAAUUGACGGACAUGUCGGGAGAAAAUAUUGAUGAAGCACAAAGUGCCGUUAAGGUUAUGAAAGAUGCCAUUGAAGAUUUGAAGCAAGCCAAGAAAAUGCGCAAUAAAAAAAGGAAAAGUUCAUAAUUUUAGAAAUGUAUAAAUUUUAUAUAAAAUUGAAUAAACCACAAAAAUUACCUUAAUG